AUAGUUCAUCAUUGCUUUCUUGAAAAUCGAAUGAGCCCAUCGUUGCCUUCCAAAUAUAUCAUUUGCACUUUUAUCGAGAUAACGAAAUCUUUAUUAACCUUGUUUUUUCUUGGACUUUUUAUAUCUGCUUGUUUGUUGAAAACAGCCAGCUUCGUUCGAUACACAGACCUGCAUUUACCAGAGCGCGAAAGGUUUAUGAGCUUGUGAACUAUCAAGUUGGCCUAAGUCAUUACUUAUUCAUGCUUCAGUGGCGAUGCAGUGUAAUGACCAUACUUCAUCGCUUUGCCUUGUGAUCGGAGAGCAGAGCAUCAAAAUGAAAAUUGAGAAUUUUCUAACAUGGAUGCAAUAGGAAAUGGGUAACUAGACUUGGAUAUGAAACCUGCCUUCAAAGUAUCACAGCAAAAUGUUCGAUGUCAAAAUCGAAUAUGAAUAUACAGCUGGGAUUAUCUUUUCUCGCAUUAUGGCUACUAGUCUUCGCUCAGAUAGUAUGUUCAGGGCAAGUAGGAUCAAAAGGGGAUGAGAACAGGAGUCGUGAAAGCGAGGCCGACACAAACAAUUCUGAUAUCUCAAGUGAAGACGAUGCGGUGGAAAAUGCAGAUCUGAUGAACAGGCUGCAAGGUUUGCCAACUGAUAAACUGAAAAGCUUGCUGAAGAUAAUAAACAAAGAAGAAAAUAACCAUGAUGCAGCCGAAGAGUAUUCUGAUGAAAAUGACAGUGGGAAUAAAAAUCUGCUACACAAGGACGAAAUGACUGCCAAGAGCGGUAGGCCUACAAAAAAGGUGUCUUUUCACAGAAAUAAGGAGGCACCGAAAGAAUCAAAUGAAUCGAAAGGACAAGCAGAGGACACAGAGCUCUCAGAUGGUGAAAUGGAGGCUAAACAGAAGAGUGAAGCGGAUUUGACAUCCAUGAAAAUGAAUACAAAAACUGGCAGCUCGAGACAACUGAAAAAGGCACAACCUGUCACUAAUGUUUUGAUAAGAGCAUUCGAAGGCGAUGUAGAUGUUAAAGAAGGAUCAAAAGAUUCUGAUGCAAAUACACAAAACUCUUUACAUGCUGAUAAAAGUUUGAAAUCCCACAAAAAAGAUUACGAUGACGAUGUUUUUGCUGGGACAGAGGACAAUGCGGUUAGAACUAAUGAGAUAUCUAGUCAAGGAGAAUCGAGGAUGAAGCUCACGCAGCUUGCACCGAAAGAAGAGAAAGUAGAUGUUGCGCAUGCGUCGCAUAGUUACGCAGAUGGUGCACUGUCUCAUACUGAAACUGAGACUGAUGCCAAUGAAGGUUCACAGCCUUCCCAGACUGCCAAUGAUUUCCAAACAAGUGAUCACAGCGAGGAUACAACAAAGGAGAAAUCACUGGACCAACAACCAACUCAUAGUAGUAAAUCAAUCCUUCACAAAAUUAUCAAAGAACGUCUGCCUACAGAAAUCAUACAAGAAAUCAAUGAUGCAAUGAUUGAAAAAGUGAGAGAAUCUGGAGACAGAAGGGCAUCUCUUGCAAAUGAUGCGUCAACAAAUGGAAAAGAGUCUAUUGAUGUGACAUCAACGGUGGAACAAAACAACAACUCUGGGGUUGAUGCCAACAAAAGAGGCUCUGGAGGAAAGCAGCAAUUUGCUUUCUCCUACGAUCCUGAUUCCCCAAUAGGCCCUGAGAUGUGGAAAGUUCUGCACACUGACUGGACUUGCCAAGGCAGGAAGCAGUCACCAAUAUCUAUCAAAACAGAAGAUGUUGUUAAUGACACAAUGUGCAAAAACAUUGCAAUCCGGGUCGAACCAGAGGGAAGGCCACUGCGAGGCAUCUUGCGAAACAAUGGCCAUGCCCCUACAUUUUCUCUAACAAGCAACACCAUAGUGCGUUUAUUGGGGGGAUUGCUUCCAAAUGAUUACUUCUUGAAACAACUUCAUUUUCAUUAUGGCUGUGAAAAUAAAAGAGGUUCUGAGCACAGGAUAGACGGUCAAAGCUUCCCAAUGGAGCUCCACCUUGUUUUCUGGGACAAAAAGACAUUCGAGACAUUUUCAGAAGCAGCUAAAUCUGAUCGAGGAAUUGCUGUUGUUGCUGUUUUGUUUCAGCGAUCUUACGUUCCUGUAAGUCAGAUAAGGAACACGCCAGUCACGCAGAUCUUACAGGUGCUGAAAAAGAUUCCAAACGAAGGAGAUUUUGUGCAAAUAUCAGAGAUAUUUGACUUUCGUCUCGAGAAGUUAAUCCCGAAUGUGAUGAACCCUAUGCAGGCAGAUAGAUUUUUCACCUAUGAGGGAUCGCUUACAACUCCAGGGUGUUACGAAUCAGUCACGUGGAUAGUCUUUAACAGCCAUCCAGUAAUCACCGAUGACCAGCUCGAAAUAUUUCGAAAACUAAAGUCUUCAAAAGUGAAUGGAGAUGGGACCAUGUGCGACAACUAUCGCCCUUUACAGAAAAGCUAUGGCAGACGAAUUUACAGCAACAUCGUUUAAUUCGCUGCCGAUUCAUAGUAAAGCGGCUGAACACAAUUAGUUAAGAGAAUCAUGAAUGUGCCAUUUAGAACAGUGUGUCGACAAUGUGUGGUUGAAUUGAUCAUUGGAACUGGGACAAAGUAUGUUCUCUUCUCUUUCUGUCGAUACGAAGAUACGUGGUUAGGUCCUGUAGCCUAGGCCAAAGAGCAAUGGCAGAAAACCACUUUAAUCUGUAAUUUUACACAGUAGUGUAGUGCUUUGGCAAGCCCAAGAGAGCCCUUCACAAAAAGUUUCUUUAAACAAUAGAAAAAGAUAUAAAAAGUUCUUUAGCUUUAACGAGGAGCGCUCAGCCCCAUGUUACACAUGUAGCUUUUUAAUAUCCCCCUAUUUGAACAACGUAGUUUCUUUACAUAUAAAUAUUAGUUUUGUUGGUCUUGGUUUUUGUAAAAGAAACACUUUGAUCCAAACUUCUGUGCUUGCGUAUAUAGCUGCCAUUAAACACUUUCACAUAUGACUCCUUACUAGUUAGAGACAUCUCCCCUGGUUCUCUUUAGUCAUUAUGAUUCCUGAAAACGAAAAGAAAGUAAUCAACAAAAAUUAUAUGAUAUUUACUCUAAACUCUAAAGCUAGUACGUAUGAAGACACUUAAUUCAUUAAAAAAACAGGCAUUUUUGAAACCUCAGCUCUUGGUGAAGACCCAAAUUAAAAUGAAACGAUUCUAUCAAUAUUACAAAGCUCUAGUAAUGAGAUUGGUCGUACGAUGAAUGGACUAGAGAUAUUCAUCUAACAAACAUAUUGGUUAUUAAAACUGAAGAUAGUCUUACAUAGUACACAAAUACACUUGAAUUUUGAUGCGUAAUAAUUAUAUUUUCUUUGUUUUAUUUUUUAAAAGUUAAAAUUAUCAUCUAAUGACGUGUAAAAAUUAAAUAGCUUUUAUCUAACAAUUCUUUCUUAAAAUCACGAAAAUGUCUAGCGAUUGAAAGAUAAUAACCUACAUCAAUAAAUUUCAUUGCAUCAAUAAUACUAAAAAAGUAUUCUGUGAAAAUGUUUGCUGUGCUUACCUCUUUUACAGGGUUUACAUGACAGGGAGCACGGGGAUGUUAAAUUUUGAAAAUUUGAAAAAUGUAUAGGGCUAUAGUCAUAAAACGCUGUUUAAAAGAGAUGCUUUUACACUAAAGUGUCGUAUGAUGCAUUGCAUUUUGCAGAUGAAAUGAAACUUUUGCUGCAACGUUUCUUUCUUUGAAAGAAGACAUUCCUAACCUUCGUGAUAGAAAAUCUAUGUUAUGAACAUAAAGGUCGUAUUCUGGCAAAAAGCUUCAUUCUGCUCACACCCCUUUUCUAUUAGUUCUCGAUCUUGGCUGGCUGGGAGGGGGAGCGUGUGCCUAUUCAAGCGCUCUUUCAUGCUGAUAACCAUAAAUGCUGAUAAUUUCAACACGCACGUAUUUUAUUGACAGCCAGAAAAUGGUUUUACCUCAGA